UGGGAUACCGCCACCAGUGAGGCUCCGGCGGCACGCUGACACACAGCGAAGUGGAGAAGGGACCCACAGGAGACAGCUGGUCAGGAGCAGCAUACUUGGCCGCUGUACUAGUUUCGUCGAUGUUUCUUCAUCUGCCCACUGUGCUCGGAGGAGCUGCGGGGUCAGAGGAGCUGAAUGAGAAUGACCGGCUGAAAUAAACGGCAUGUGAUGUAGAUACCGCGGACAAAGGAGGUGCCCUACUACAAUAACCUCAAAGGAGAGAGGGAUACAGUUGAGGGGGAAGAGGAGAAUUUGGGGUCGGAAGUGAUUUUUCUCUACGGAACCACGUCGAUUGUGAAAUGUAAGUCGAAAGACUCAGUUUCUUGGCGUACUUGAAUCCAACUGAAGACAAUAGCGGAGAAGGACAAAGCGUUAACAGUCAAGGAAACGGGAAAAUACCCCCUCCAAAAAAAAAGCAGCCCUAAACAACAUCACUAUCUUCAGAGCAUGGGAAAAGGAGGCGUCCCCAGGCUGUAAAAUGUACCCGCUACACCGUGAAAGGGAGCAGCCUCUCUUUAGUGCCAGGGCACAUGUCUUCCAGAUCGACCCGGCCACCAAACGCAACUGGCUCCCCGCCAGCAAACACGCAGUCACGGUGUCUUUCUUCUACGAUGCCACCCGCAAUGUCUACCGAAUCAUCAGCGUGGGCGGAACCAAGGCCAUUAUUAACAGCACCAUCACGCCCAACAUGACCUUCACCAAGACCUCCCACAAGUUUGGCCAGUGGGCCGACAGCAGGGCUAACACAGUCUAUGGACUGGGCUUCUCCACAGAGCAGCAGCUGCAGCAGUUCUCAGAGCAGUUUAAAGAGGUAAAGGAGGCUGCUCGGCUGGCCAGAGAGAAAUCCCAGGAGAGGUUUGAGCUGGCUAACCCUGGGCUGAACAUCGCCGCCCCUCAGCUCCCACAAGAUCUGUCAGAAGAGCGUCACUCUCCUCCUCUGCUGACGGUGAAUGGUCCAGCUGAGGACAAGCUGUGUCGCAGUAAGAGUGCAGAUGUGGAGCUGACCUCAGAAAAGGAGAGGAUCAAGAAGAUGCUGUCUGAAGGGUCUAUUUGUGAGAUCAACAUGGAGGCUGAGCUCUUCACCCUGCAGGACAGUAAUGCCAAGCUGGUGGCCGCUCUGCAGGAGGCCAACAGCAGUGUAGAUCAGUGGAAGAAACAGCUGGCUGAAUACCAGGAGGAGACGGACAGACUCCGAGAGCAGGUGGCGGAGCUGGAGGCUCAGAGUAGGCGUCCGGCUGCCAGAGAGUCUGAGGGGGAAGAACUGAGCCACUCUGUGGAGGAGCUGGAGACCCUGCUCAGAGCCAAAGACCAAGAAAUUCAGAGCCUACAGAGCAAGAAGUGUGACAUCAGUGAGCUGGAGAAGGAGAGAGAAGUGGCGAUGGAGAGACUACGGGAGCUGGAGAGGAGGAACGCCGAGCUGGAGGAGAGUGUUCACGACACCGAGAAGACUCUGGCUUCCAGCCAGGAGCAACGGGAGCAGGCUGAGAGCGAAGUGCGACGGGUCAUCGAGGUUCUGGAUCUUAAAAUCUACGACCUGAACGACCUGAGACAGACCUUGUCCAAACUCAUUGAUAAGUAGCCGCGCCGCCUCAGCCGUGGGGCCACAUCCUCAACAGUCAAUGCUGGCUUUCUCCUUUUGACCUCCCUCGCCUUACCUCCUCUGAUCUGAUCUGACAGCAGAGGCCGGGACACAGCAACACGGUGACCGCCUGUUGGGAGUUUGCCUUCAUUGAUCCUCUUCAAGAAAAAUCAAUCAAAGUUAAGUUUUACGUUGUUAUUCUGAGAAAGCAGACAUUUCAAAAAGACAACAGGGUUUUUUCCCCUUUGUUUUAGAUCUCAGUUUAAUUAGCAUUGCGUUACUAGCUGUUUAUUUUGAUGAGGGAAUUGGCUGUUCCUGCCUUCCCUUGGUAUAUUUUUCAUGAUCAAACAUUGGAGAAAAACUAAAGUAGAAAGUUGUAUAGACAAGAGAGUGAAAGACGAAUACAGUUCCUUUGACAACACUGAACUGCAUCCCCUGAAAUGACGGAAAGAAACAUAUGGACAGCAAUCUUUCUCCACCUGUAGUUAAGAUUGACAUUCUUUCCAAAACAAAUAUAUUUAUUGUGAAGGUACAGGAGACUGACUGUCCAUAAGCUUCUUCUGUAAACCAUGUCAGGUGAUGAAAUUGGAUGAAAUAGCAUUUGAAUUGGAUUCCAGAUCUCACAAUUGAUAACUCACAAAGAUGUGGGGAAAAAAAAAAACUUCAGAAAUGUCACAAAAAAAAAGUGCUUUCUUCACAGUAACAGCCCAGAAGUCCAUUUUGGCAGGUUUCCCCUUUUAACAAAGUUGAGAUGCACCUGGAGGCUGAUGGGAUGGAUGACGGACGAUGGAAGUGAGAAAAUGUCUAGUUUUAUGAACUUCAGUAUGUUCAGCAAAUAGGCGGCAGACCCUUUGGACUGGCCUGCAGACCCCAGCAGCACAACUGGUUUAAAGAUGCAACAGCUUGUUCUUAUGGCGUCUUCAGAUGCUCGCUGGGGACAAUAUGGUUUUGUAUUCAUGGUUUAUGAGGUAUUUUCUUUUGCAGCAUGUGCUCGUUCAUGUUCAUUGAUGUGUCCGCCAACAGUUUUAGAAAAGUAAUCAGGGUGGGACAUGACUACCAGUCAAACCAAAGUAACUUUUGGCUGCUUCAUAUUUCUUUUCUACCGACCACUUUGGGAGAUAUCCACCAUCAUUUGAGGAUACGUCUCAUUGUAUUUGGGGGAGGGAAAACAAGCUGGUUGCCUGGUAGAACUGGGAAAGCGGGGGGCUGGUGAAUUUUAAAACAAACCAGCCGCAUUAGUGUGCAGAUAGAAAAGCUGAACUGAAUUGGGGAUUGUGCUCGACGAUGUAGGUGCCAAGAUAUAACUGUUUUAUGUCUGUUAGCGUCAACACAGUUAUCGCAUUCUGCUUUGUGUCCUUGUUUAGCAUUAAGUAACACUUGUGUUUGCCAUUAUAGUAAUGAUAAUAACCCUAGUCUCGAACAUGACAGCACUGCAUGAACUCGGCAGGACUCCUGGGUCUGCUAAUGAAUGCUGAGUACUGUAUGUGCAUUACCAAGCAACGUGCAACCUCUAAUAACUAGAUGUAAAAGCACAAAUGCCGUAGUAUUAGUAAAUGGGAACUUAGCUUACUUUUUUGAUCUGUAUGUGACUCUCUAAUGCACAUUGCCUACAGAUAAUUUACUACAAUAUGAUAACAUGGUACUCGUAAGGUGCAGGCAUUCAUGAAAAAGCAAUAACGUUUUUAGUGCAGAUACCUGUCAAUGGAUAAAUGACAGGUACUUUUUAGUUGAUGAGACCUCAGCCAAAGCCAAUUCUUAUCCGUUCAACAAGAGUGCUGUUUAUUAAGUAACAUUGUUUUGCAGUUGGCUUUAUCUGCACAACCAGAAGAAUAAUGAAUUAAAAACCACUUUCCUUAAAAAAAAACCCCAAAAAAAACACGAGAACGUGACAGGGCCAGCACCUGCUCUCCACCAGUUUCACAUGGUUAUUGUUAAAAGGUUUACAUCAGUUAUACUAUACAAGGCAAGGACGAUGCAAACACUUGGCGAAUGGCUCUGUAAUACAAAAUGUUCAUGCAAGGGUAUGAGGACUUUAAAUAUCAAACGUAGUUGCUUUUAGUGAUGUGUACCAAGCACCAGGGAGAUUUUUAUUAAUGUAGAUAGCAUUGUCCAGCAGGGUAUAAUGUGCUUAUGUACUGGAAAACCUUCCCAUGCAUUUCAGCACUGGCAUGGGGCCAUUGUAAAGCGUUAAUGUUAUACCUCUGUUGCCGGCUACAGAAGAGAAUGCAACACCAAAGACACAGCACUUGCCACACUGCACUCACCUCAACUGGAAGAGGCGUGCUCAUUUUUCGUGAUGCUGAACUUCAUCUCUUAUCAAUUCUGAUUUGUUUUGAAUUGCUCAUGAAGAUAUUCCAUUUCAGUGUCUUACAUAAAUUUUGGUACGACUCAGGAUAUCUCGAGAAAACCUGACUCAUCUGGGUCACUUCUGUGAACAGGUAUUGCAGACUGGACAGUCUCAAUGCUCUUAAUGUUGUCAUCUGACUGGAUUUGUGGCAAAGCAAAUGCUUGUAUGGGAAUUGGUGGUAAUUUGAUGUAACAGUUCUCCAUAUUUGUAUGCAAUUCUUUUAACAUUAAAAUUAAGUUGUGCAAGUCAAUAUUGUUUAUCCUGAAAAUAGGAGCCAGGGACAAGGCUGUGCUUGACCCACUUUCUGAAGAAAAAAAAAAAAAGAGGUAUUAUGACUUGUGGAUAACCCAGUUUUACAAGUCACCUUUCGCUGAGAUCUCCGUUAAUACAUCUGCUUCUGGUAAAUACCCUGACCUCUUAUCCCAUGAAACUUUUCAUCCAUAAUCUAAUUUUUUGAUUUUCAAUUGGAUUUAGUACUUUUGCUGGUAUUGACAAUAUGAAUCGACUUUUAUUUUAAAUUCAUCCCUAGCGAAACAUUUUAAAACAAGUAUUGCAUGUCACCUCAGUUCAAUCAAUCAAUCAAGUUGCUUUUUUUAUAGCGCUUUUCUAGCUGCAACAAGCACUCUCUCCCAAGACAGACAAUGUGCAGGUAA